CGAAAUGUUUAAUUCAUAUUCUUCACCGCAAGAUGAUGUUCCUACUAGAAGGGAAGCCCAAUCCUCGGUUCUUCGUGACAAAAUUCCAGCGCGUUUGGUGCUUUAUUUCCUUUCGUGGUCUGGCUUUCUGGUCUCUUUUAUGAUGCGCAAUGAUAUGAAUUUCGCAUUGGUGGCAAUGAUAUCGAACGAUAAUUCAACACAAAACCAAUCCCAUAACAAAUCGCAGCAAAUAUUGGGUACUGGGACGGAUGACCAAAAAACAAUAGUAAAAUCUGUUGUAAUAAGUUCAUUCUAUUGGUGCUACGUGUUGUCGCAGGUGGUUGGAGGGGUUGCCACAGAAUUGUUUGGAACCAAGUGCGUAUUUGGAUGGUCACAGUUAGCAACAGCUCUAUGUAGUUUUAUGAUGCCAUCUGCAGCGCAAUUACAUUACAUAGCUGUUAUUGUGUUGCGGUCUAUUCAGGGAUUUGCUUCUGGUUUGACGUGGCCUGCCAUGUAUGCAAUAGUUGGAUAUUGGAUACCUCUCACGGAACGUUCACGUUUUAUGUCAAGCUUUCAGGGUUUUAGUAUUGGUAUUGGUUUAACGUAUCCGUUAUGUGGAUUUAUUUUAUCAGAAUGGGGUUGGCCAUAUAUAUUUUAUACUACUGGUACUUUAGGGCUUGGAUGGUGUAUACUAUGGUAUUUACUUGCUUUUAAUACACCACGCGAGCACCCUCGUAUUUCUAAAGAUGAAUUAAAUUAUAUAGAACUUAACGUCAGAAAAGAAGUAAACAGUAGUGUUAAAGUUAAAGUGCCUUGGCUGCAAAUAUUUAAAUCCAUACCUGCUUGGGCGAUUGCUAUAACAACUUUUGGACGAAUAUUUGUUCAUUAUAUUUUUAUUGUUAAUGGUCCGACAUUUAUGGGAAAUGUUUUAAAAUUUAAUUUUGAAACAAAUGGUUUUCUAUCUGGAGUUCCAUUUAUUUGUUCAUAUAUAUCAUCAGUACUAUUUUGUUAUAUUGCCGACAAAAUUGUAUUGUAUAAGGUUUUAAGUCUUACUAAUGUAAGAAAAUUAUUUACUGCUCUAUCACAAAUUAUUCCUGGGGUGUUAAUAUACUGUAUUGGUUAUAUAGACAAUGUGUACAUUUUGUUAACGGUGUGGUUUAUAGCUGUGAUAUUUAUAACUGCAUCUUAUGCUGGAGCUAUGGCCAAUAUAAUUGACUUAGCGCCAAAUUAUGGUCAUUCCGCAGCUGUUUUAGCAUUUUGCCAAACAAUUCAUAUGUCUGCGUCCUUUAUAUCUCCGCUUACGGCUGGAUUUAUCGUCACCCAAGAGGUAAAGUAUAGAAUUUAAUUUAAUAUUGUAGAUACAAAACACAAUAAGUAUUCUAAAGAUGUAGAUACGCAGUCAACGGGUAAUACUAUUUAUUAUACCUUAUACUUGAAGAGGAGGGUUUGCGACCUUAUAAAGUUAUCACAAUCACUGUUCGCCUGUCCGUAUAAGCACCGAGUUCUCGGCAACCACAAAACCGACGCAACGCAAGCUUGUUUUAAAAAAUUACCAUGCCCACUUUCUUACACAGCAACAAACCGUGUAACAAACUGAGCGGGCCACACUUUAAAGAUUUCUUCUAUUUCGAACCAGAACCAUCUGCUUUAUGGGUAGUAUCCCAUAACCUUUUAAUUAAUUAUAAGUUUACUUAGUAUUUUUAGUAUUUUGGUAAAUGACAUGCAAAAACAAAUUUAUUUUACUUGUUACUCGUAGAGUAAAAGGGUAUAAUAGUUUCGAUGAACAGUAUGUAACAGUCGUUUCCGACUAUAUAAGGUAUACAUGUUCUUAUCAGAAUCAAUAGCCGAGUCGGUCUAGCCAU